GGAAAAAUAUUAUUUACUCCCAAUACAAUCUCCGGAAGUGUCCAUUGUACUGCGACUUGUCGUGGAGGCGAAAUGUCACGGGCCUUUAUCCUCCCCGACGACAUGAUAUAACUGAAGACCCAAAUCUGUUCUGCUACAAUUACAUAAUAAUGUCGGUCGACGCUCUACCGGACGAACUCUGGAGAAAAAUACUCGAAAUCGGAAUCCAAAACGCCAGCUUCACUUUCAAGGACCUCUGCUGCCUUUCCAUCUCCUGUAGACGCCUUCACCGAUUAUCCGGUGAGGACUCACUCUGGUCCCGCAUAUUCUCCUCUGAUUUCGACAACUCACCGUCUUCAUCACAGUCAUCGUCGCCGAUUAAGUCAAUUUACAAAAUUAGGUUUGAGAAGGAUAGGGAGAGGAAAAUGGCGGCAUAUAGAAGGGCUGUGUUAAGGAAAGAGAGUCAAGUGGCCGAGAAUUUGCGAAAGAUUAGGGAAAUUGAGCGGAAAUUGCGAGAUGAGACUCACAAAAUGAAAGCCACUUUUGCUGAAUUAUCCAACUUACGCAGGGUCAGGCAAGCUUCAGUAGCCUUGAAUGUCUGGCAGCCAGAGGUUGUUAGAGGUAAACAGAAACAAAUAGUUGAGCAGUGUGUUGUUCCUGUUGAAUCUAGGUUACAUUCACUUGAGAUGGAACUUAGACUUUGCAAGCAGCAGAUUGCAGGGUUUGACAAGGCCUAUAGAGAGCUAAAACAAAGACUCGAAAAGGGGAAGGAAGAGUUGGGAUCAAUGAAGUAUCACCCCUUGCGAGAGUAUAAUUCUACAAAUAGUGAGGACAAUAAGUGCGACUUAAAGAGGAAGAAGUUGAAAACAUAUAGUAACUGUCCAAGCAAUUGAUCUAGAAAUUGUGAAUUUUCUGCGCAACAAAUUAGUUGCAAUAUCAUCUUUAGCUCCUACAUGAUCAAUGCAAGAAUUCAAGAAGUAACUGUAAGCUAUAAUUGCUCAAUUUCAAGAUGAAGAAGAUAGAGAGAAUUUUUCUAGUCAACUUUUUGAUCAAGUCUCUAGCUUAACCAUCAGUGAUACCGAAAGCAAAUGGUGAAGAGGUGAAGUGAUGAAAUCAGAUACGAUGCUUAUGCAUGUGUUGAGGUGGAUCUUCUUUUCCUAUAAAGUUUGUUGAAGAACUUUCCCAAGAAAGGGUAGCAACAUCCAAAUUUAAAAAUUAGAAUGAUUUGUCACUUGAAAAACUUACCUUUCAAAGGAAAAAGAAUCUCUCCUUUAUAUAAUGUUAGAAUUUUGGUGUAUGUUGAAGACAGUGACUUGUGGUGUCCCAAACCUUUAGGGUAGGGUUACUAAAUAUUCCCAAACAAUGAUUUGCUGUGUUGUACAAUGAUGAGUUAAUGAAAAAACUCUAAUGAAACUUUUGUGGCAGCAGCAUACAUGCACAGUGGAAUGGUGAGCCUUGAGGUUUAGGUAAUGGUAUCAGUGAAAGCCAACUAGAAUGGAAUGGUGGUUGGGGCACAAAGUGUUGACAAUGCCAAAUAAUGAGGGGUUGAUCAAUAGUCUUUAACCUUCUUGGCUUCCUCGGUUAUUGCAUUAAUUGUGGUGUAGUUAGGGGAAUUGGUGACCCUCACACUUGGUGACACUCUUAACCAAUGCCUUCGUGCUGUUACAGGUGAUGCAUACAAGUGGCCGUUAACACAAGUUUUUGUUGAUAUUAGGCGACUGACAGGUGGCAAUAUUUGCUUACCCUUUGAGCUCACCAUGUAAAUUGCCCUCCUAAUCAAUGCUUGACCCCAUAUAAAUAGGACCAUGAGCCUAAUUUUAUUUCUUUAUUCUAAGUUAAAAGUGGGGAUCUUUUUGUUGGUGUUAGAAAGUUUCCAUUACUAUCAAAGAAUUUAUGCGGUGCUAGUGAGUAUGGAUGAGGGUGAGCAAAAAACUCGCAUGGGAAUGACUGGCUAUUUGGCUUUUGAUUUCAGUUCUUACCUAGAACAGGCUUUACCCUAGAUGGAUACCAAUUUUUGUGGAAUCGAUAACUUUUGGUUUUGGUUCUAAUUUCUGUAGAAUUGAUAAGUUCUGGUUUUGCUUCCAUCCCUUUAGGAAUCAGAAUUGACUCAGGAAUCAACUCCAAUUCAAAAUUUGGGUAUCCAGGUGAGUACUCCACCCUUUUUUUAAUCUGCUGAAUCAAAAUAAUAUCAUUUUGGUGGUUUGAUGGGUUCAAGUUGCUGAAUUGAAAGAAAAUAAUAUAUAGUUGAACAAUAAACUUCAUUUAAUCCUUGCCGUAAAGUGAAUAUAGAAGUGGAUAGUAGGAUUUGAUUUUGUUUUUGGUGUUUUCAUUGUUUGACUUGGUGGCUUGUAUAUUUAUUACAGAGGUUUGAUGUAUUUCAAGUUGUUGAAUUAGAAGAAAAUAAUAUAUGGAUGAAUAUUGAACACUGUUGAGUAUGUUAA